AAAGAAAAAAAAAUUAAUAUAAUUCUUUCUUUCUUUUUUGUUUUUGUUUAAUUAAACAAUAAUUUAAUAUUAUCCGAAGUUUGCUUAUUAUGGACGACCCCUAAAAUCAUUCCUGUCAGUGACAGUGUAUCUUAAUUUUUCAAAUACUACGUAUAUAUGUAUACAUAUAUAUAUAUAUUCACAUUUUUACAUGUACAUAAUCCGAAUACAUAGAAAAAGAAUGUUAUUUAAUCUUUCCGUUUAAAAACAAAGAAAUAUAUAAAAAAUAGAAAAAAAAAAAAUUCUGGUGAUCCAAUUUCUUGGAAAGAUAAAAAGAAACUUUUGAUUUACGAAAUAAGUGUGUAACACCAACAUACAAGUACAUCCACCCACAUACAUACAUACAUACAUAUAUACAAACACGUUGAUCAACUAUUUAAAACCAGCAGAAGGGAAAUACUAGAUUCACGAGAUGGAGUUCAAGUUCAACGUCAAUAAACUACUACCUAGGAAGAUCAACAAGGCUACUCAUAUGCUAAUACCAGAAGAUUUUAAAGGGGAUCGUCGUCAGCUAAACGAAGAUCAACGACAAAUAAAAAAGAUUUUGGAUGACAUGGGUGAAGCCUCUGCCAAAGCUCAAGGAUUAAGCAAGCCAAUUACCAGUGCUAGUAAACUUCGAGACACUGACCAUAUUGUUUAUCUUCUUGUUGACAGCGAAGCGAACAACAAUUUGGGAAGCGUAGUAGGUUUGCUGAAAACUGGAUCGAAAAAUUUAUUUAUGUUCGAUGAAACUGGUGCAAGUUAUCAAUUGAAACCACGGUGUAUCUUGGAUUUUUAUAUUCAUGAAUCACGACAACGUAUGGGUCUUGGAAAAAUUCUUUAUCAAUACAUGCUAACCGAAGAAAAUAUCAGGCCAGUGAAAUUAGCGAUCGACAGACCAUCGGAGAAAUUUCUUGCCUUUUUACAAAAACAUUAUGGAUUGUCCAAAAUCAUACCGCAAAAUAAUAAAUUUGUAGUAUUCGAAGGAUUUUUUGACGACGAAAUUCAAGAUGUUAGAGCUAACAGAUAUAGUUUACCUCCAAAACAUUCAUUUGAUAUCGGAAUGACUAAUAAUAAUAAUAAUAAUGCAACGAAAAGUAAUAGUACAAAUGAUAUCCCGUAUGUUUCUACAGUUUCACGAAGUUCUUACGGAAGAUACGCCGCUGGACGACCACCUUGUUCAAUGGCAAACAUAAUUCAUAACACUGCAAUGGUUGGCCAAUCAGUUGAACGAACAGGUGAGGAUAUUAAUUCGUCCCCUGUAACACCAAAACUGGAACGACCUCGGUCUUUAAGUUUAUAUUCGGAGGAUGAUCAAAAGCAACAUACAAAUGAAACAUCAACGGUAUUGAAGACAGUUGUUCCUAAUAAUAACGAAGCAACAUCAUUUGCUACCGUUAUAAAAGAUACUGAAAAAACUGUUAAAGCUUCACCUUCAUGCAGCCAAGAAGUAACUGGAAAUAAUCAACACACUCAUCUCGAUCUUAAAUUUUAUCAUUCGCCAUUAUGGUAAAAAAAAAAAAGAAAAAAAAAAAAGAAUACAUUUAUAAGUGGUAUACUUAUCGUAAACACAAAAUAGACAAAUAAAUUUGAUGCUAAAGUAA